AUGAAUAUAAUUAAUUUAAAUUGGAAAUCAAAUAUUUUAUCUCAGCUAAAAGAACAAAAUUGCCAACAAAAUGGAUAUCAAAGACUCAUAGAAACUUACAAUCAUAUUUUGGAAAAUAAUAGUAAUCUUCAAAAUCAAUGUUUUAAACUUGAAAAAGAUGUUAAUCAUUUACGUUCAAUCAAUACUGAUUUAGAAAAGAAAGCUGAAUCAUGUGAAGAAUUAGAAUAUAUUAAAAAUAAAUUAGAAAAAGCUAACGAAGAAGUGCUUACAAAUUUACGAGAGAAAGGUGAACUUGCUCGAGAAGUUCUUCGAUUAAAUCAUGCAUUAAAUGACUUAAAUGAGAAAUUCACCAAAGAAGAAAUCAAAGCUCAACAAUAUAAAACUGAGAACGAUGAAUUACAUGAAACAUUACAAUCUACGGAAUAUCAUCUCAAUGAAGUUCUACAAACCAAUGAAAUACUUCAAGAAGAAUUUCAAGCUCUUCAAAAUAAAAUUGAUCAAUUACAAAUCGAUUAUAACAAAGUAAAACCAGCUUGUCUUGAACUUGAACAGCAAUUAGAAACCGCUCAGCGAAUAAAUAAACAAAUUGAAGAUGAAUUACUGGUUUAUAAAAAUCAACAAGCUGCAAUGCAUGAUUAUGAAAAUGCAAAAUUUCUCGACAAAUGUCAGAAAAAAGUCGAAGUACAAAAACAAGAUGAAGGGAAUAUCUUUUUUGAUGAUGAUGUUGUCUUUAUUCCAUCAAUGAAAAGUUCAUCUGAUUUAUAUCAAGAUCCGUGCGUUAAUUCGACUUUAUUCGGUGAUGGUUACGAUCAAAUAUGCAAUUCAUAUGAUGAAUCAUUAAAUCGAGAGAGAAAAAGUAUUGCACAAGGUUUGAGUAAUGGUGGAGGAAAAUUACUGACAAAUCUAGUGCGUAAAUUUACAAAUGGAAUGCAUAAUAAUUCAAUUGAUAAACUCUAUCGAACAUCGACAAAUUGUUCGAUCGCUUCGAUUCCAACACGCAUUAAAGCUAGUUGGAACUGUACAGAUCUUGAAGUAUAUGCUCUACAAUUUCAACCAUCUGGCUCAAUAUUAGCGACAGGAUGUAGUGAUAAAAUGGUUCAUUUAUGGGAGAUUUCAUCAAUCGGACAACAAGAAAAAUAUUGUUCACUUCAAGGUAGUCAGGGAGCAAUCAAUGCACUUGAUUUUGAUAAUGAAGGAUGUCGGAUUUUGGCUGGAUGCUCCGGUGAUAAAGCAUACAUCUGGUCAUAUGGAGAACAAAAAACUCUUAAAGAUACAUGUACCGGCCACCAAGGCGUUAUAUAUACUUGUAAAUUUAUUUCUGGAACAAAACUAGUAACCGGUAGUGCUGAUCGAACAAUUAAAAUAUGGGAUAUCUAUGGUCGAAAAUGCAUACAGACUUUAUUUGCUGGAUCGAAAUGUCAUGAUCUAGUAAUACUAGAUGCAGCCGGUACAAUAAUCAGUGGCCAUUAUGAUAGAAAAAUUCGUAUAUGGGAUCCCUUCGCAAAUAACUGCCGAACUGAAUUACAAUAUGAUGCAGCCAUAACAUCGUUAUCAUUUAAUGAUGAAAAGCGAACAUUACUUGCAUGUUUUAAAGAUGAUACACUUAAGUUAAUUGAUCUGAGACAAAAUAAAACUAUUUAUACGUUUAGUCAUGACAAUUUUAAAGUAAGCACAGAUACACACAAAGCUGUUCUCUCACCAGAUGCUCGUUAUGCUUGCGUUGGCUCUCAUGAUGGUUCUCUAGUUGUAUGGAAUAUGGAAAAUGCACAAUGCGAAAAUGUCCUAAAACAAAAACAUUCUACAAUGGUCACAUCAGUUGCUUGGCAACCUGAUGGAAAAUAUGUUGCCUCGUGUGAAAAACAUCGCCAAGUCAUUCUUUGGAGUGAAUAA